AUGGCUGGACUGGCUGGGCCCACGGGGCUCUUCUGGCUUCCCCACGCGGCGCGAGUGUGGGCCCCGUGCAGGCUCCAGAGCGUCGACGGUGACGUUGCUUCGCUCGCUGCCGACGACGGCGAGGUCAUACGCCACCCUGCUCAGGACCUGCCUGCGCUGGAGCACGUGCACGAUCAGCAGCUGGACGGCGUGGACGACGUGUGCAGCCUCGGGGCCGUCAGCGAGGCAGCGCUGCUGCACACGGUGCGGACACGCUACAGUCGGCAGCUCAUGUACACGCGGGUCUCCCGGAUCCUCAUCGCGGUGAACCCGUUCUGCCCCCAGGAAUGCGACGCGGAGCAGCACGGGAGCGGGUACUGCGAGUUUGGCCUGGACACGCUGGACACGUGCGGGACCGACGUGCGGGACGGCGUGCAGGACGGUGCCCGGGACCAGGCCAUCGUCAUCAGCGGGGAGAGCGGCGCGGGCAAGACCGAGUCGGCCAAGCUGCUCCUCUCCUACGUCGCGUCGGCGGUGCGCUCGGGCGGCGGCGCCGAUGCGGGCGCGCGUGGCGCCGGCGUGGAGGAGAAGGUGAUGCAGACCAACCCCGUGCUCGAGGCCUUCGGGAACGCCAUGACGGUGAGGAACAACAACUCCUCGCGCUUCGGGAAGUGGCUGGACAUGCUGCUGUCCGCCUCCGGCAUGCGCGGCUGCAGGAUCACGAGCUACCUGCUGGAGGUGACGCGGGUCUGCGGCCAGGCGCAGGGGGAGCGGGGGUUCCACAUCUUCUUCCAGCUCCUGCAGGCCGCAGGCUCCUCGCCCUUGGUGCAGGGCCUGGAGCUCGGGAGCUGGGAGCAGUACAGCUACCUCAGGGGCAGCACCCGCCUCGCCCCCGGCAUCAACGAUGCAGCGUGCUUCGAGGAGACGUGCGCAUCCCUGGGUUCCCUCGGGUUCUCCGAGGCGGACCAGGGCCAGGUGUUCCGGCUGGUGGCCGCGGUGCUGGUGCUCGGGAACGUGGACUUCGUGUGCAACGGCCAGGAGGAGCUCUCCCUGCAGGACUCGGGCCCCAUCGAGCGCGUGGCGGACUUGCUACAGGUGGACGGGCGUGCGCUCGGCAGCUGCAUGCUCUGGCGCAAGGUUGUCGCCGGCAGGGACGUCACCACGACGCCCCUGCGGGGGGACCAGGCGCGCGCCGUCCGCGACGGGCUAAGCCGGAUGCUGUACAGGUUCCUCUUCGAGUGGCUGAUCCGGCUGAUGAACGAUCAGCUCCACGAGCCGGGGCCCUCCGCACCGGCCUCGCCGGCGCCCUCCGCACCCGGCUCUCCCGUCUCCGCCGCGGCGCAGGAGAGGCGGCCCUGCCCACAGUGCGGCAAGCAGAGGAGGACCUGGGCUACCUGGCGUCGGACGCCGCUGUCCAUCGCCUGCUGGGGAUCCUGGACAUCAGCGGCUUCGAGACCUUCCAGACGAACUCGCUGGAGCAGCUCCUGA